AUGGAGUCACCAGUUUUCAGUGAUGGUGUUCACCUUGCUGCAUACAGACCCAGUCUUCCUCUGUCAGUGACAAAUAAAAAGGAAACUCCUGGAGGGUUUGAGGAGUCUGGCUGCUACCAGUGUUACGGUGAUGGAAGCAGUAUUGCUUCCCAUGGAUCUGCUCAACCUGGAUAUGAGACUUUGGACGCACCACCACACUAUGACUUCUAUGCCAACACAGAGGUUUGGGGCCGGCGGAGGCGCUUCAGACCAUCUCUGUACGAGCUGCAUGCAAACUUUGAGAAUGACGCCAAACCUCCCAUAUAUGAGGAGACAACAGCUGGACGGAUGGAAGGAGGAAACAGCUCUAGGGAAGAUGAAGAAGAGCAGAAGGAGCCACCAUCUGAGCCCACUCGCUUUGGCUGGGUGCAGGGGGUCAUGAUCCGCUGCAUGUUAAAUAUCUGGGGGGUGAUCUUGUUCCUGAGGCUGCCUUGGAUCACUGCUCAGGCUGGUAUAGGUCUGACCUGGGUGAUUAUCCUACUGUCCUCUUGUAUUACUGGGAUCACUGGUCUCUCCACCUCAGCAAUCGCUACCAACGGGAAAGUCAAAGGAGGUGGCACUUACUUCCUGAUCAGUCGCAGCCUUGGUCCAGAAUUAGGUGGAUCCAUCGGUCUGAUUUUUGCUUUUGCCAACGCUGUGGCUGUUGCCAUGCACACUGUGGGCUUUGCUGAGACUGUUGUAGACCUCAUGCAAGAACACGAAGCUGUCAUUGUGGACAGAACCAAUGACAUCCGCAUCAUCGGCAUCAUCACUGUCACAUGUCUACUGGGCAUCUCUAUGGCUGGCAUGUCCUGGGAGUCAAAGACUCAGGUUCUGUUCUUCCUGGUCAUCCUGGUGUCUUUUGCCAGUUACAUAGUGGGAACAAUCAUCCCUGCCUCACCAGAGAAACAAGCCAAGGGUUUCUUCAGCUACAGAGCUGAUAUCUUUGCUACCAAUUUUGUGCCAAAGUGGCAAGGACCAGAUGGAAGCUUCUUUGGUAUGUUCUCGAUUUUCUUCCCUGCCACAGGCAUCCUGGCAGGAGCUAAUAUCUCUGGAGACCUGAAGAAUCCCGCAGUGGCCAUCCCUAAAGGAACAUUAAUGGCAAUAUUCUGGACCACCAUCUCCUACCUUAUAAUCAGUUCAACCAUUGCAUCUUGUGUGGUUCGAGAGGCGUCUGGUCUGUUGAAUGACACACUGUCACUGACCUCCAGCAAUGACUGUGUUAGUGUAGCUUGUGAUUAUGGAUGGGACUUCACCCAGUGUAUCAACAAUAAAACCUGCACCUACGGCAUCAGUAACUACUAUCAGUCGAUGAGCAUGGUGUCAGCCUUCGCCCCUCUCAUCACUGCUGGUAUAUUUGGAGCAACACUUUCCUCUGCUUUAGCCUGUCUGGUGUCUGCCCCCAAAGUGUUCCAGUGUCUGUGCAAGGACAAACUCUACCCUCUAAUUGGCUUCUUUGGCAAAGGUUAUGGAAAGAACGAUGAGCCGCUCAGAAGCUACCUGCUGACAUACAUAAUUGCUGCCUGCUUCAUUAUCAUUGCCGAGUUAAACACCAUCGCUCCAAUCAUCUCCAACUUCUUCCUCUGCUCAUACUCUCUGAUCAACUUCAGCUGCUUCCACGCCUCAAUCACCAACUCACCAGGUUGGCGUCCUUCCUUCAGAUUCUACAGUAAGUGGCUGUCGUUGCUGGGGACCAUCUGCUGUGUCGUCAUCAUGUUUAUGCUGAACUGGUGGGCGGCCCUCAUCGCCUUUGGCAUUGUCUUCCUUCUUUUGGGAUACACACUCUACAAGAAGCCAGCUGUAAACUGGGGCUCCUCGGUGCAGGCGAGCUCCUACAACAUCGCUCUUAACCAAUGUGUCGGCCUCAACCAUGUGGAGGACCACGUCAAGAAUUACAGGCCUCAGUGUCUGGUGCUGUCAGGUCCUCCCAGCAGUCGUCCAGCUCUGGUGGAUCUGGUCAGCUGUUUCACAAAGGGUCUCAGUCUCAUGAUGUGUGGCAACGUGAUCACUGCUGAUCCCUCCUCAUCAGCAGUCGACAAUACCAGCAGUGACGGUCAUAUAACCUGGUUGAACCAAAGGAAGGUUAAGUCAUUCUACAGAGGUGUGGUGGCUACAGAGCUACGAUCAGGUGUUAACAUGCUGUUACAGGGGGCAGGUUUGGGUCGUAUGAGGCCAAACGUUCUCCUGAUGGGUUUCAAAAAAGACUGGCGCAGUGACACAGCUCAGGCUGCACACAACUACAUAGGAAUACUGCAUGAUGCAUUUGACCUUCAGUACAGCGUGUGUGUGCUGAGAAUAAAGGAAGGACUGGAUGUCUCUAAUGCGUCUCAUUCACACGUUAAUCCAGCCUUCGAUGCAGGACGAGAGAACAUAAACACCAUCUCUGUCCCUCCCUGUGUUCGAACAAGCACUACAUCUACGGUUUCCAUCGACGGGAGGUCACAGCCUAGUUCUGUGUUCCAGAAAAAACAAGUGAAGAAGACCAUUGAUGUGUACUGGCUGUCUGAUGACGGAGGACUGACCCUGCUGCUGCCCUAUCUCUUGACUCGGAGGAAGCGUUGGGCCGCGUGUAAGGUCAGAGUGUUUGUGGGAGGAGAUUCUGACAAGAAAGAGGAGCAAAGAGAAGAGGUGUUGGCACUGAUCAAGAAGUUUCGUCUUGGUUUCCAUGACGUUGAAGUGCUUCCUGAUAUCUACCAAAAUCCUCAGCCUGGAAACGUUCAUCAGUUUGAGAACAUGUUAGCUCGAUUCAGGCUGGAUAAGAACCUCAAACUGGGUUCUGACGCAGGGACUCCCGGGCUGCAGGAGGAGCCGUGGAUGAUCACUGACCAGGAUGUAGAGAAAAACAAGGCCAAGUCUCUCCGCCAGAUUCGCCUGAAUGAGGUUCUGCAGGAUUAUUCCAGAGAAGCUGCUCUCAUUGUUAUCAUCAUGCCUGUGGGGAGGAGAGGGGCGUGUCCCAGUACGCUCUACCUCGCCUGGCUCGACUUCUUGUCUCGUGAUCUUAGACCUCCAGUCCUAAUGGUCAGAGGAAACCAGGAGAACGUCCUCACCUUCUACUGCCAAUGA